GGGGUGGGAGCCUGGAGCGCAGCACCGCGAGCCCAGAGCAGCUCCCGCAGCCGCGCCGCGAGGAUCGCUCCGCGCACCCCCCGGUGAGCCGCGUCCGCGCACCCCGAGAUCCCACCGCCGCUGAGGGAGGAGAGCGCAGCGCAGCCCCGGGGCUUUGGGCACAGCUGCGGGGGGCUGCGGUGCCGUGCGGUGCUGUGCGGUGCCGUUGGCAGCCCCGGGGUCGGGUCCUCCGUGCGCGCAGGGCUGGGAUCCGUGCUGGGAUCCGCGCUGGGAUCCGCUGAGGGAUCUUUUAAAGGGAUGAUGUGGGAAUUGGCACGCUGGAAUAAAAUCCUGUAGGAUUCAGAAGAGCCUCAGAAGCUCGGAGAGCUGAGCUGUGCCAGCAGAGACCCGCUGGUUUUCAACUGUUUCCCAGCUGUGCUGCUCAGAUUUUCUGCUUGAUUCGUUUUGAUCUUUUCCCGUGGCGAAAUGAAGGCUGUGCCCCGCAGCCUCUCCCCUCGUAAAUAAGAACUGCUGUUUGUGGAGGGGUCUGAGGGGUCUCAGUAACAUCCCUCAGGGCAAAGAGGCAGAGGGAUGUAAAGCAGAACCUGGCGAGCAGUUUGACGCCCACAGCUGGAUCUGCGUCCCGCGCCCCGGUGCUGCAAUUGGCCAUCGUUAGGAUAGGCAGAAAGCCGCAGAGAGCUCGCAGCAUGGCCGAGGCGACGGCAGCCCCCAGUGAGACGCCCACCGCCCCCAGCGAGUUCGGCGAGUACCACAACCUGUCGGAGCUGUUCCACCUCCUCAACUACACCUACACCUCCUGCGAGUUCAGCCUGGAUGAGAACGCCAAGCGCGUGGCCGUCUUCGUGCUCUACCUGGCCAUCUUCGUGGUGGGGCUGGUGGAGAACCUCCUGGUGGUCUGGGUGAACUGGCAGACGCGCAGCAGCCGGAGCCUGGUGAACCUCUACGUGCUGCACAUGGCCAUCGCCGACCUCGGCGUGCUGCUCUCGCUGCCCGUCUGGAUGCUGGAGGUGAUGCUGGACUACACCUGGCUCUGGGGCAGCUUCCUCUGCCGCUUCACGCAUUACUUCUACUUGGCCAACAUGUACGCCAGCAUCUUCUUCCUCACCUGCCUGAGCGUGGACCGCUACGUCUCGCUGCGCGGCUCCUCGCCCUUCUGGCACCGGCACCAGCACCUUGCGCGCCGCAUCAUCUGCACCUCCGUCUGGGUCCUGGCAGCAGCCAUCCCCUUCGUGGAGGUGUCCCACAUGCAGCUGGUGAACACCGGGGACCCCAUCUGCAUCUUCAUGGCCCCCUUCGAGACCUACGAUGAGUGGGCGCUGGCGGUCAGCUUGGCCACCACCGCCGUGGGGUUCCUCAUCCCGUUCUCCAUCAUCGUGGUGUUCAACGUGCUGACGGCACGGCUCGUCCGGCGCUCCAAGCCAGAAGAAGGGAGGAGGCACUGCCUGCUCAUCUAUGCCUACAUCGCGGCGUUCCUGCUCAGCUGGCUGCCCUUCCACAUCCUGCUCACACUGCUCACCCUCGAUGGCACCCACAUCGUCCUGCACUGCUCCUUCGCCCACUUCCUCUACUUCUUCUACGACAUCAUCGACUGCCUCACGCUGCUGCAUUGCGUCCUCAACCCCAUCCUCUACAACUUCCUCAGCAAGAGCUUCCGCAGCAAACUCAUCUCGGCCGUGGUCAAGUAUGUCCCCAAGGAUGCAGCUGGGCAGAAGGGCGCUGAGGGCUCUUCCUCCUCCACGCAGCACUCCAUCGUCAUCGCAAAGGAUGGCAGUGCACCCAGCUAAACAGGAGCAGGGUGCCCACACGAGGUGGGUGCAGGGCUGGGCAGCUCCCCAUGGGCAUGCUGUCCAGUGGGCGCUUUGCUUCCUGGUCGGCCACCCAUCGCACUCUGAAGGUGAGGGCAAUGUGCCCAUCAGGAGUCGUGGACGUGUCACCUCUGUGCUAUCGGACCUAUUUAGCCAAAGUAAGAACAAGAGAAAGAGAGAUGUUCCGCUUUCCUAGAGAAACGCUUGUAGCAAUGGAUGCGUUGCUCGGUGUGCCCCGACCCCACACAGCCCCACGCACUCUGCAGCCCUCAGCUCGUGCCUGAACCCCACUGUGGGACGAGCACUGCCCUCUCACUCUGAUGCCAUUCAAGCAGGAUGGGGACAAAAUCCACAGCUUUAACACAGCUCCCACUCCAGCACCCAGCGCAGAACCCGGCAUCGCUCAAACGAAGGCGCUGCGGUGCAGGGUGCAGACACAGCACAGCAUUGAACUGCAGCAGGGAGGAACCGCUCAGCACAGCUUUACAAUGCGACGUCUCAGAUUCAGAGCUGGCUGUCUUCAUCCUUCAGACAUCACUGGGGUGAGAGCUGGGGGCCCCAUCUGCAUUCAGCAGCACGAGACCCCCACAGGCGAGAAGUCGGAGCAUCCAGAGAAAGUCCCUCCCGGCCGCGCUUCUGCUCAGUCAUGCACCGUGUGUGGGUCGGGCCCUGGGCAGGGGAAGGUGAAAGUGCCACCGGAGGGAAUUCAUCCAUCUGAAGGCCUUGAGCUGCCCAAGAAAGUGAAGCAUAAGCAAAUCGGACCGGAUCCGGGGACAGGAUGCUAACCGCCCCGUGGAGCAUAGGGCAGGAUGUGCCGGGGGGGUCCCUGCACCGAGUCUGCACUGAACCCCUGGCACAGAGAAGCAGGAGCAGCACCCCCCCCCCAGCACACAGCACCCACCGCUCUCCCAUUGCGUGUCAGGGUUGAAGCAGCCCCCCAACUCAUUUUCAUUGCAGGAAUGAAGUUGAGCACACAACAGCAAAGCCAGCAGGCAUACAGCAUAGCCACGCAGCGACGUAUUCCAAUUCCACACACAUGCACGUUGCUAUAUUUUACUGAUUCAACUCAUUUUUUGGAAAUCUAACACAACUGUGCCCCCCCCCCCCCCCCCGGAGC